AUGGCAUCGAGAAAGAGAGCAAGAACUGAAGACAUCCUUUCAUCUUCCAACUUACCUCCUUCGACAGCACCCAUGGAACCAGAUGCUCAACAAGCUCAUCCCAUAAUUCCUAUGUUGCAGAGCUUAUUCAGGGGGCAGUUGAUGAUUGUUUACAACCAGCAGGAGUUAGCUCACAACAAGCCAGUUAUAUCCAUGGAGCAAUUUCUGGAAAAGGUGGCUUGGCCUGAAGCUCAGCUUCCUCUGGUGAGAUCCCCCGAGGUUGUUCCUUCCAGUCCUGUACCAGCAAGGACAGAGCCAAGACCAGCAGAGCCACAACCUCCGGUAGCAGAUCCACCUGUUUCUCCUGAGGUUGAAAUACUAUCUCCUCCACCAGCUCCAUCGGCACCACCUCUGAUAAUCAUUCCCGAUGACUCAGCUGAUGAAACUGCUGCUCCUCCUGAUUCACCAUCAUGA